AUGGCCUCCCUCGAGCUUGCUGGAACUGCAGCAACAGCAGCAACUGCAGCAGCAACUGCAGCAGCAGCAGGGUGGAAAGCAACACAAGAAGAGAUCAAUAAAACAAUACCUUAUUUACCUCCUUUAUCUGCUGCUGCUGCUCCUGCUGCUGCUGAUGCUGCUGGUGCUGCUGCAGCUGCUGCAGCUGCUAGAACGACUGCAGCAGCAGCAACUGCAGCAGCAGCAGCAGCAGAAGGGUAUGAGGAAGAAGAAGGAUUUGCUGCAGAAGGAGAAGAUGAAUUUCAAGAUGAAGGAGACACUAGCUUCCUACAACAAUCUAAUCAACCCUGCAGCAACAGCAGCAGCAGCAGCAGCAGCAGCAGCAACAGCAACAGCAGCAGCAGCAGCAGCAGCAGCAAGAGUUUUCUGCAAUCCAUAGAUGAUGAAUAUGAUGAAGAUGAUAUCUAUAUAGGCAAAUCAACCCUUCCUUCUUCUCCUUUCCUCAGCAGCAACAUCAUCAGCAGCAACAUCAGCAGCAGCAACAGCAGCAGCAGCAGCAGCAGCAGCAGCAGCAGCAGUAGUAGUUUCCUCGAAUCAAUGGGUAAUUAUGAUUCAUAUGAAUCAGAGUAUGAGGACAUAGAGGUAGCUGCAGCAGCAACAGAGAGUGCAGCAGAAGCAGCAGCAAGAGAAGCAGACAUAAAAGGUAUAUCUAUACUAGAGCUAGGAGGUAUAGGUAAAUUAUUUAGGAAAAAAGGAGAAGAAGGAGAAGAAGAGGAGACACAAGGAGAAGAAGAGACAGAUGAUGAAGGUGACUAUACACCCGAAGGAGGAGGAAGAAAAAAAAAAGGAAUAAAAAGAUUAAUUAAUAGAUUAUUAGGUAAAAGGAAGAAAGGAGCAGGAGGAGGAGAAGAAGAAGAAGAGGAAGAAGAGGGAGGUGGAGGAGGAGGAGGAGGAGGAGAGGAAGAAGGAGGAGAAGAAGAAGAAGGAGCAGGAGAAGAAGAAGAAGAAGGAGAGGAGAGCAGCAGCAGCAGCAAUAGGACAGCAGUAGAAUUAGUAGUAGAUUUUUCCUCUCCUGCUGCACCUAAGUGUGGGGCCCCAGCUGUAUACAGAGGUUAUUUAUCUGUGUCUUCUUUAUUAUUUGUUUCCUUUAAUAUACGUGUCUUGCUUGCUGAGGUACAACAGCAGCAGCAGCAGCAGCAGCAGAGAUUUAUUUCCUUUAUUGCUGCUGGUCUUAGCUUAGAGGUAACAUGCAAGGAGACAGGAGGUUGUCUUCUUGAUGAUUCUAUCAUCUCUUGUGUUAAGGUAUCUUGCCCUAAGCGUAUAGGCGUAAAGGCGGGUAUAAGAGAACAUUUAUCUGCGCAUGCAGCAGCAGCAAAUGAGCAGCUAGAGGCUGUUGCUGCUGUGCUGCAGCAGCAGGAGAAGCCUGAGCUGCUGCAGGAGCAGCAAAGGAAGCAAAUAGCUAUUGCUUAUGCAGAAAGAAUUAAGCAGCAGCAAGAAGAUCAGCAGCAGCAGCAGCAGCAGCAGCAAGCAGCAUUACUUCAGCAGGUACAUCAACAUCAGCAACUCCUUAUUCAGCAGCAGGAGCAGCAACUGCAGCAGCAGCAGCAGCAGCAUGCUGCUGCAGCAGCAGCAGCAGGUGCACCAGUAACUGUUGCUGCUGCAGAAGAACAGGAGGAAGAGGAAGAAGAAGAGCAGCAGCAGCAGCAGCAGCAGCAGCAGCAAGAAAUACCCCAUAAACCAAGACAAAAAGUUAAGCUGCUGCUGCAGGGAGCAGCAGCAGCAACAGCAGCAACAUCAUUAGGGUGGUCUAAACAUUUACGGGCAGCGACCGUCGGAAAUUUUUUAAAGGCAAAUCUUCCACCAGAAGAAACUAAAGAUAUACCUAAUGGAGGUAAUUCCUAG